AUGACCGUACGUCCUGUUUCUCUGGCUAACUCACCGGCUGGGUUCCAUGAUAGACAUAAGAUUCUAGAAAAGUUAUGCACAACUUUGAUUAAAUGCAAACCGAGGGCCCAAGUUGAUAAAGUUCAAAAAUUGGCUGUUGAACUUGAAUCUCGUGUUGCUAGAAGGAGCAAUAGUAGCCAAUCAUAUAGGUUCAAUAUGAGUAUAUUGCUACGUGAUGUGAUGAAGUUUAGGGGCGAUUUAUCUAAAAUUGUCAUUGCCGGAAAGCCUCUUGUAGGUACUAGUAAUCAAUCCAAAAGAGAGCAUGCUCAUCUAAAUUUGAGUAAAAAUGAAGUGAUGGAAAAAUUGAAGACUUUAAUCUUGGAUAAGAGGGCCCUGAAGGCCAAUGGGUUCGCUAUUGCUGAGGAGGACCAGGAAGCUGCUAUUGAAACAGAGGAGAAAAGUUUGGAAUAUGUAUUGUGUUCUAGAUGCAGUACGAAAUUCAGACGGGAAGAUGUCAUGGAGAAAACUUUGUGUAAAUAUCAUCCAUCAAAAAAAAUCUACAAUAGAGAGACGAAAAUUCAUGAAUAUCCUUGUUGUGGAGAAAAUACCACAUCUACCUCCAUUCUUCGACUUGGUUGUCAACAAUUCCAUUUCCAUGUAUUUCGAGAUGAAACUAUUGAGAAUUUACGAUCGAAUUGGAAAUUUAUACAUACCUCCGAUGCGAAGGGAGACGUGAAUGUCUUAGCUUUAGAUUGCGAAAUGGCAUUUACAUCCUUAGGUUAUGAAAUGGUUCGUUUAACUAUAGUGGAUUUUUUCACUGUAAAGACUGUAUUUGAUGAGUUUGUCAAACCAUUGGGUAAGAUUGUUGAUUUGAAUUCUAAAUUUAGUGGGGUACACGCAAAAGACAUGGAAAAUGCUCUGACAUUUGAAGCUGUGAUGGAGAAGAUAUUGACACCGCAUCUGAUUAAUGGAAAUAGUAUAUUGAUCGGACAUGGGUUGGAGAAUGAUUUGAAUGUCAUGCGGAUAGUUCAUGAUAAAGUUAUUGAUACUGCGGUGAUGCAUUCAAAGGGCAAAUUCAAGAUGUCCUUGAAAAACCUGUCAUUUGAACUUUUAAGUAGAAAGAUUCAAUCUGGGGAACACGAUAGUUCAGAAGAUGCCAUUGCUUCGAUGGAUAUAGUGAAGGCAAAAAUUGGCAUGUCAUUGACUCAGGUGGAUUGGAAUUGA